UUUGAUCUCUGGAGCUCCCACUAUGAGGUUCGCUAUUUUCUCUCCGCCCUCUCUUGUGUGUGUGUCUUUUAAUGUUUUUCAACCAACAAAUACGCAACGAAGAUUCACAACCUUUGGGUUGCUGGGUUUUAACCAGAUGAUCACCUUGCUUUAGUUGGGCGUGUUUAAGUGUUUUGAAAGCUGAUUCUUGUGUAAUACGGUGGUGUGUAUAUGCAUGUAUAGAGAAUGAAGGAAACUAUGGAUAAGCUUAAAGACACUAACAUGAAACUUAGGAGGGAGAUCAGGUGAGUUUAAUACAUUAAAGGUUAAAUAUCUCGUCUAAAAGGUUUUUUUUUGAAGUCAAUCAGUCCAAAGCACUACUAUGUGGAAUCAAUGUGCAGUUUUAUUCUUAAACCCAUCACGACUUAGUAAAUUAAUUAAAGGUUAAAGAAAGUAGUUGGCAAAUAUUGUGUGACAACCCGAAAUUUUCCAUUUUGUACGAACAUUAGCUAUUCAAUAGAAGCCAGUCCAGUUUUAAUGAAUUUCAGACUUUUAUGAAUAAGUCGUGUACAUUAGGGUUUACGUUUAAGGAAAUAUCAGGAGAGUGGAUGCUCAUAGGUUUGUGAAACUUGAGCAUUUCAAAACUUCAUAAUGUUAGAGUCCAAUUCCGGAAUAAAAAUAUUUUCUGCCAAAAUAUUUCAGGACUAUAAAUAGAUUUCUGAACUAAAUUCAUUCAUUAUUCACAUUUCCAACUAGAGAAAAGCCAUUUUCUCUCUCACGGAUCUUCGGUUUUUCAUCCCAAAUCGUGAGUACACUUCCCUAGUUGUGUUAUAAUGCUUGUUUUAUGCUUAUUAAUAUAGAUUGUAUGUCAAAUAUAAGUGAUUCGGGAGUUUACCGCUCAAGAACGUUCUUGGGGAGUAAACUCCAAAAUGAAGCUUAAAGGCCAUCUAGUCCCAUUUCCUUGUUAGGUAACUAGUUUAGGAUAAUAUGUUCGAUCAUUUGAGGCUAGAAAUAAAUCAAGAACACCUAGCUUUAGGUGUUUACGGCCCAAGAGUUCCUUGGACCGUAAACACCAAAUUCAAGGGCUUAAAUGUGCCCUAAUCACUCCUUAAGGCCUUAGACUUUAAUCCUCAAUUACUUCUAGCUAAUUUGGAGACUUUAACACAUUAAAAAACACCCCUUAAAGGGAGUUUACGGCCAAGGAAUACUCUUGGGCCGUAAACACCAAAUAAGGGUACCAAAGUGUGCCUAGGGUCCUCCAUAGCCUAAAUCAAAUGCCUAAGGGCACCAAAGUGUGCCCAGGGUCCUCCAUAGCCUAAAUCAAAUGCCUAGAAAGUAUUCUACUUGUGUUUGGGACUUGAAAGAAUUAAAACACCCAUCACAUGAGAGUUUACGGCCGUAAACUCUAAGGGAUAUGGCCUUUUGGCUGUAAACUCCUCAAAGGAGUGUUAUUUAUGCCCUAAACUACCCAAAGGAUUAAACCACCAAGCUAGGCUUAUUCUAGAAAUCAUUUAGCACUUUAAAACACACAUUUCCACCAAGAUUGAGUUCAAGACUGUAAACUCAAGGGUUUACGACCGUAAAAUCCUUGUGUGGGGUUUAUUGGGUAGUAAACUCUUAUAUAAGGCCCUUUGAUACAUUGAACCCCUUAAGCCUUGUCCCAUAGCAACUUAGAUGCAACCAUUAGGACCUAUAACACUUUUACAAAGUUUUUACAUGUUCCUGAGUGUCACAACUUAUUUCAUUAAGUUAUUAUUUGGCUAAUUAGUUAUAUAUAUGCUCAUUAUAUGAUAACUAGGCUCGUGCGUGUGAACAAGUCUCCGUUUGCCACCUAGCACGGUAUCCGACACUACAAUCCAAUCCACUCACCACAAGUGAGUUCAUACCCCUUUAAUUAACCUUUGAAAUACUUUUAAAUGUUUUAAAUACUUUAUGGGGGGGGAUACAAGUUAAAUGCUUAUAGUUAUUGCAUCAAUCACAUGUGAUUACAUUAAUCACAUGUGAUUAAUAACUAGAAAACCAAUGAUUUUAUCACUGUUCAAACUAUUUAUCAAACUGUUUUACUUAAAAAUGUUUUACAAACUCUUUUACUUAUCAAAUGCUUUUAUUAAACUUUGUUUUACUUCUUAUAAAUUUCAUGCCCAUAUAUGUAUAGAUAUAUAAGCAAUGUUUAAAGGGCUUAGGAAGGCCAUCCGCCCUAUUUCCUUUUUCUCGAUUUGGAUGUGGUCUGGUGGGAUUUUGGGUAGCCCUCCGAAGGUCAUUUCAAUAUUAAUUAUAUAUCAACUGUACAUAUAUACACAUAAAAGUACUCCUUUAUUAUUACUUAUCAGUACAUCAUCAGUAAGUUACCAUCGGGGUAACAUAGGAUCAUACUACUACAAUUUCUAGAUCAAUGAGUCAGUUCAUUUAUGAGUCUAUACAUUACAUUACUAUGAGAACAUAUACACUACAUUACUAUGAGAACAUAUACAACUAUACUAGAAAGAGAACAUAUACAACUAUACUAGGAGGAGAACAUAUACAAGUAUACUAGAACGAGUAACAUUACAUUACAUAUACAAGAAUACGAUAACAAUUGUGAUCCACUGUAUCGGAGCAUGCCUUAAAUGUCAUGGCCCGAGUUGUAGCCAGAAUUCUCUUGGAGGGAGAGCGUGAGUUUGCAUAUAGAUCUAUACUGGAUUGACUAUCCUACACCUUGUUGCUAGCUAUAGUCGGACCUGCAGGUCUGCGGGUGCCAGACGUCAUUCCGUUAUUACGACCAUUCGUAUGUCGUUGUUACCAGUCCAUAGCAUGGUGCAAUUUAUCACAUUAUACCUUAAUAUAAAUCCGGUUUAAGGUAGUUAGUACAGCAGUAGUUCCUAUAAUACAACACUACAGUACUACAAUGAUUUACCCAUUACAUACAUUUAGUGAUUAUUUCACUUAAACAUUAAUGUACAAACUAUAUUUUGUUAAAUGAUAGUUACACUUGGGAAAUCACACACUUUUACAAUAAACAAGCAUACAAAACAGUUAAGCCUUGGUAGAAGGCUACUUUAAUAGAAAAUAUAGGUUUUUCUUAGAGAUUCAAACUUUUACAAAUACUUGCAAACGUUUACUUACAUUUUACAAACUUACACUUGAGACAUGUUCAAACGUUUUUGGAUAACAAACACAAACACUAAAAUACUUAUGAACUUACCAGCUUAAUGCUGAUAAACUCUUUCAAAAUAACUUGUAUUCUCAGGUCAUCAGUAGACAGGUACCGAGGCCAGCUUUUGAGAAGAUGGAGCACAUUCAAGACUCAUCUUAUUAUUUUGAUUUAUAUUAUAUUUUUGGUGUCUAAAACUAUACAGAACACGCUUGUAUUAAAAUUAUAUAUUUAAUGCAAUGGAUGAUGUUGUUUGCUUAUUUACAUUUACUGUGUUGUGAUACUAUAGAUGAUGUCCUCCGCCCCAGAACGUUUCCGCCGUUCUUGGUUUUGGGGUGUGACAUAUUCUUUUGCAGGCAAAGAGUUCUUGGUGAAGAUUUAGAUGGUUUGGACAUGAAUGAUCUCACCAUUCUCGAGCAACAGAUGUAGGAUUCACUUACCAUUGUGCGAGAAUGAAAGGUUUCAUUAUUAUUUACUCAUUCGUGUAGAAAUAGGGUAAGGCUGCUGCUGCUAAGGAGGUGGAGGUGGUCCGUAAGGCUGUCCAUAGGGUCCCACAGAAAUGAGAUGGGAUUCCUCCUCCAAGAGCAGCCAAAAGAUGCAUCAUGUAGAUGCCAUUGCUGUAAAAUCCAAACGAGGAAAUCAAGUAGUUGUUGCUGCAAGUCCUCCCACAGAGGAUGCAGUGGUUGCUACAGACCCACUUACAAAAGAAGAUCUUGUGGGGUACCUUGCUUCUGGAUGCAAACCUAAGGAAAAUUGGAGAAUAGGAGCUGAACAUGAAAAGUUUGGGUUCGAGCUGAAAACAUUGAUGCCUAUGACGUAUGGACAAAUAGCAGAUCUGCUGAAUGCUAUUUCUGAGAGAUUUGACUGGGAGGAUAUCAUGGAAGGGGACAAUAUAAUUGGGCUUAAACAGGGAAAACAAAGUAUAUCUCUGGAACCUGGUGGUCAGUUUGAGCUCAGUGGUGCUCCUCUUGAAACUCUCCAUCAAACAUGUGCAGAAGUGAAUUCACACAUUUACCAGGUGAAAGCUAUAGCUGAAGAGAUGGGAAUUGGCUUUAUAGGAAUUGGUUUCCAGCCAAAAUUAGAAAGAAAUGAUAUACCUAUAAUGCCUAAGGGAAGAUAUGAGAUAAUGAGGAAUUAUCUCAUAUUAGCUCGAUAAUUCCUGGUGGGCUUGGAGUUCCUACUGUUGGCUAUGAUUUACGAUUUUGAGGGUAUUUAGGUCCUUUACUCAGAAAAAAUAUAUUUCUUCUUCGGUUUCAUUGUAGCAAAUACAGUAGUACAAAUAAACCUGGUAGUGAAGUGAAGUCUUCUUAGAGACCUUGUAACACAUGAUUACAAAGAAGUUCCUCAAAUCAAAUGCAACCACUGGGAUGAGUGUAGCUUCUGGUAAGUAACACUGAAGCGGAUAAAUGGAAUGGAGUCUGUACACAGUAAGUUGGUGGUCUAGCAAAGUUUAGUGUUUUGUGAUAGAGGGUCUACUCUGUGAUAGUGGGUCUUUUGCACUCCUAUUUUGAUCUUACGACUAGUCAGGGGUAUUUUGGACCAUACAAGUCAAAGAUAUUGGAAAGGUUAUCAUUUGUUGAGGUAUAUGUGUUUUGCACUCCUAUUAUUAACAGUUGAUAUUGAUUCUAAUCGUCUAACUUAUUGUUUUGUGAUAGAGGGUCUACUCUUGCAGUAGUUUCCACGCUACAUUUCUUUCCCGUCAAAAGGACUUAAUUGUCAAUUCACCAGAAGAUAUCAAGCUGCCUGUGUUGCAUAUACUAUCUAAGUUGGGUAUGGAUCGUGAACUUCUUUCUGCCUUGCUAGAAGCUACUGUAAGUUCUCAUUUUUUUUUAUCAUUGUUUCUGGUUGUUUUUGUUUAUUUAUGUAUUUAUCAUCAACAUUAAUUAACUUGUACUUUUAUGAGUAGGCUACAAGAGAACUACUAAUACUUUUCUUUUUCAGAAUC